GUCACGCUAGAAGAGCUGUCUGCUGACUGCACGUGCAUGUGCACACUCGUGUGCAUGGCUGUGAACUGGAAUGUGUGACUGUGACCUUAUGGCUGCCACACGCCUCUGCCUCUCCCUGCUGCUCCUGUCCACCUGUGUGGCUCUGUUACUACAGCCACUGCUGGGUGCCCAGGGAGCCCCGCUGGAGCCAGUGUACCCAGGGGACAAUGCCACGCCAGAGCAGAUGGCCCAGUAUGCAGCUGAUCUCCGUAGAUACAUCAACAUGCUGACCAGGCCUAGGUAUGGGAAAAGACACAAAGAGGACACGCUGGCCUUCUCAGAGUGGGGGUCCCCGCAUGCUGCUGCCCCCAGGGAGCUCAGCCCGCUGGACUUGUAAUGCCACCUUCUGUCUCCUACGACUCCAUGAGCAGUGCCAGCCCAGCUCUCCCGUCCGCACCCUUGGCUCUGGCCAAAGCUUGCUCCCUGCUCCCACACAGGUUCAAUAAAGCAAGUCAAAGCCA